AUGAAGAGCACUUUAAGCUUUCUGCUUGUAUCUCUAUUCCUUUCGGUAUGUGUGGCAGUAAAUGGUGGAGAUCCUACUGAUGGCUUCACCCCUGUCCCUCUAACAGAUAAAAAUAUUGUGAUCCAAAAGCCAUAUAACAUUCCAUUAGACCAAAGGUAUAGCUUCAAAGAUGGAGUCCAUCGCAUGUGCGUCUAUGCUAAUGACAAGCCUCACAGUCCUAGCAGUCAUACUCAGCCUCGCACAGAAAUUCGCAUCAAAGGGCUUGACUACCAUUCUGGGGUUUGGCAAUUUGAAGGGUAUGGUUUUGUGCCAAAUGGAACAUCUGGGGCUACAGUAGCACAGAUCCAUGGUGCAUCCCACGGUGCCACCACAGCAAUACUGAGGAUAUACGAUGGAAAUAUGAGGUUCUACAGUGGAGACUUAAUAGCUAAGAAUCUCUAUGAUAAGUGGUUCAGGCUUAACCUAAUCCAUGAUGUGGAUGGAGGGACUGUGACUGUGUUCAUUGAUGGAGAGAAGAAGUAUCAAACGAAUGAUCAAGGGCCCGGUGACUUGUACUUCAAAUGUGGGGUCUAUGCUGCUCCUGCUCAUAUAAGCUAUUACAUGGAAUCCAGAUGGAGAGAUAUAAAAAUAUACAAAAAGUGA